UCUGUGGACUGUGGCAAAAAUUUAUCUUACAUCAAGUUUUAAACGUUAAUUUAUUAGUUUACUAUAUAACACAUCAAAAUAAAUAUUAUUGCUUAAAAUACUAUUAAUUAAGAAUGAGUUUUUCAUUUGGAGCAUCUACGACUACUUCUGGUAGCACUUUCGGUACAACUUCUCCCGCUCAAGGAUCCUUAUUUGGUGGUGGAGAUGCAUCAAAAGCAUUGCAAGGAACUGGAGAUAAACCAAGCUUGUUUGGUGGAGCAGGUACAAGUACACCACCAUUUGGAAGUUUUGCUUUUGGGGCUAAAACAACAACUGCGGCCCCUAGUUUGUUUUCAACGCCAACAACAAGUACUACAACAGCCUUUGGUGGUGGAAAGCCUUUGAAUUUCUCUUUUUCAUCUCCUCCAAAUCAAACUGUAGGCAGUCCUGGGUUUGGAUCUCCCGCAAAUCAGAAUGCCGCUCAAAAUCUUUCAUUUGGUGGCAACACUCAAAAUCCACCAGCGUUUGGAUCUCAAGCCCCGACUACUCAAGCAUCAUCCGGCUUUGGUACUCCAGCAAGCACAGGUUUUGGCUUUGGAAAAUCAACGGGUUUUAACUUUACAACACCAGCAUCUGGUUUUUCAGCAGCUCAAGUAACUACCGCAAGUCAGCCUACUCAAGGCGCAAGUGCGUUUGGUGGAAAGGGAUUCGGUUUUGGUACAACUGCUACCUCUGCCACUACUAGCUCUUCUGCUCCAGGUGUUGCUCCAGCACCAGCCUUCGGCACACCUCAGCCAAGUACCCAAAGUUUGUCAUUCGGUGCCACCACCCAAGCUCAAAACCAAAGCUUUGCUUUUGCAACUACUCAAGCUAAACCAGGCCCACCCAGUUUGUUCCCAACCUCACAAACAUCGACAUUUGAGAUAAAACCGGGUUUCGGAGGUCAGACACAAGCAAUUGGUGGUUUCACGAAUCAAACACCUUUUGCAAGUUCUGGAAUGACAUUGGGAACUAGUGCAUCAAGUUCAGUUUCUACAAUGCCAAUUGCUCAAUCUGGCACAGCCAUUGGGUCUGGGUUCAAUUUUGGUGGUAACACAUUAGGCACUACAACUUCAACAGGAUUGGCAGGAUUGGGCUCAAAUAUUGGCCUCUCCAAACCGCAAACAACUGGACUCAAUGUGGGAACUUCAUUGGCUACGUCAUCUUCGGGGAUGAAUUUGGGUACCAAUGUGUCUACAGGACUUACGUUGGGAGGUGGACCCAAUCUGGGUACAAUAACCACUGGAAUGAAUUUGGGAACUAGUGCCGCCGGUGGACUUAAUUCUAGUCCGUCUUUAGGACUCAAUAUGGGUACAAGCGUAGCCCCAGGUCUCAAUUUGGGUACAAGCGCAUCUACGGGACUUAAUUUUGGCACAAGUGCACCUUCAGGACUCAAUUUGGGCACAAAUGCAUCUUCAGGACUCAAUUUGGGAACUAGUGCACCUUCAGGAUUCAAUUUGGGCACAAGUGCAUCUUCAGGACUCAAUUUGGGCACAAGUGCAUCUUCAGGACUGAAUAUGGGAACUAGUGCACCUUCAGGACUCAAUUUGGGCACAAGUGUAUCUUCAGGUCUCAAAUUGGGGACGAACACGUCUUCGGCACUUAAUUUGGGGACUAGCACUUCGUCGGGGUUGAACUUAGGCACCAGUACCGCGACAGGACUUGCUUUGGGUACCAGUACAUCGACGGGACUUAAUUUAGGUACGAGUACCGCUACAGGGAUUAAUCUUGGUACUACUACGUCUACGGGACUCAAUCUUGGUACAAGUAGCGCGGGACUUGGUACCAGUACUGGUUUAGGAUUUCCAUCAUCCAGUGCUCUUACCCUGGGAAAACCCACUUCAGCGACGGCAGCAUCUUCGAUAGCUUCUUCUACGCCAUCUGGGAUAAUGGCCCUCGGUAAAUCCACCGCCAGUGCUUCACUUACUACGGCAACUGCAACUGUAGCGUCUGCACCACCCGCUGCCAUCUCGUCGAUAACAUUCGCCCAGCUCGAGGAGAGCAUCAACAAAUGGACCCUGGAAUUGGAAGAACAGGAGAAGACGUUCAUCCACCAAGCCACGCAGGUCAACGCUUGGGAUCGGCUGCUAAUCGCCAACGGAGAGAAGAUUGUAGAACUAAAUGAUGCCGUGGAAACUGUGAAGAACGAACAACAGAGUCUAGAACACGAGUUAGACUUUGUACUAGGGCAGCAGAAGGAGUUGGAAGACCUCUUGGCACCACUUGAGAAGCAGCUGAAGGAAGAUGGAGACCGGAUGAGGGAUCCAGAGAGAGAGCAUAUGUACACAUUAGCUGAGAAUUUGGACAGCCAGCUCCGACAAAUGUCUGAAGAUCUGAAGGAAGUCAUCGAACACCUCAACGAGACCAACAGAAGUCAGGACAGCAAUGAUCCGAUUGUUCAAAUUGGCCGAAUCCUGAACGCACAUAUGUCUUCGAUGCAAUGGAUUGAUGGCUCCAUAACGCAGAUUUCCACAAAAUUGGACCAUUUGAAAGUCACCCACGACACUCUGAGACGGGAAAAUGAGAAAUCUUUCCAGUUAACAUACAGCUAAACUAUAUUUUGAAUGAAUAGAUUUGGAUGAUGAAUAUGUUAAGAUUAUCAGUAAUUAACUAGCGGCCUGAAAGAUAUUCAGCCGGUUGAUUAAACAGCUAGGAAAAUAAGUCAUUUUCCAGAUCAAUGACGUUUCAUUACUUGCCUGUUGACUGUUGAUUUAAAUUCCACUUUCUGGCGUCGGCAAACGACAACAUUGAUGGUGUUUUCCGAAGUUUCAUGAAAAUUCACAAUGGAAGAGUAAAGUUACAUUAAUAAUGGUAAUUCGACUUAAGCGAUUUAAUUUUAAAAUAUUUUUUUUUUAUAUCAUUAUUAAUUUUUUUUUAUGUCAUAUGUUUCAUCUUUAUUAUUUCUUCCAAAUAAUGAAUUUAUUGUAUUUAGCCAGCAAAUGUUGUAACGAACGCGACGGUUGAAUAUCUUCCAAUUAUCUAGGCUGUUAAUUGAACGGCUAAUUAAGCUAGUUAGCUGCAACAGCAGUAUGGAGUUAUUGAUUUUUCUAUGUAAAAAUGUCAAGUAUUUACAGACUCCCUUAUGACUGUUUUUUUUAAUAAAAAAUAAGUUUUUAAAGAAACACUGUAUACUUGAUUCCUUUAAUGUAAUAAUUUUUCUGUUUUUUUUU